UUGGACUGGUCCUGCAUCCGCCAAUAAUGCUUUUGCAGGGUGUCGCCAGUGUAACCGCCACAAACGGCCCCCAACGUGGUCUAGGAGAGUUAGUUGCACGGAACGGAGAUCUGCAGCUCGCGCGGCUUUCCUUUUGCUGCAAGGCGAAAUCCUGCAAUCGCAAAACAAUACAAUAAUUCCAGCUGCAAAGCUUCCUAGCGUGUUGCGCGCUCGGCCACAGCAGGAGCAGCCGGCGCCAAGAGCCUUGAUUUCCCAGGAGUGCCGAAGUUUAAGCGAUGGGAUCCGCGUUAAGCAGCGACAGUCGGGAGGUGGCCAACCCUCUCCAGGUAGCAGAAGAGGAGAAGCAGUCGCAAGUCCCAUCUUUUGACUGCUCCAUCUGCCUGGAGGUGCUCCACCAGCCCGUAAGGACGCAGUGCGGCCACGUAUUUUGCCACUCCUGUAUUGCAGCAAGUAUAAGGAAUAACACAUGGACAUGUCCCUACUGCCGGGCGUUUCUUCCUUCUGAAGGGAUUCCAGCAACUGAUAUUACCAAGAUGAUGAAAAAUAGACACCAAAAUUGUACAGAAUGUGGAACACAGGUGCUCCUCAGUGAAAUGCGAGCUCAUCUGAGAACUUGUGACCAAUAUAUAGAGAAAUAUGGGCCCCUACAGGAAGUUGCAUACCCAGACACAAGAUAUCCAUGCCCUUUCUGCCAGUAUUCAUUGGAUGAAGAAGAUUUUCUGGACCAUUUUCUCACUUUCCACAGAUCUGACAGGAGAGCCGUGUACUGUCCGAUUUGUCGCUUAUCACCUGGUGGUGGUUCAAGUUAUUGCAGCAGGAAUUUCUUAAGGCACCUUCAGCUCAGACAUACGUUCUAUUAUGAAGACUACAUAGAUAUAAGUAUAGUGGAAGAAGCUCUCGUUGAAAGAGUUCUAGAUCGGUCAUUAAUAGAGUAUAUGCAUGUGCCUAAUCCAAAUACGGCGUAAUCCUAUCAAAGUUUGGAAGACAUACCAAAUGGAUUCAUUACACUGUGAAUUAAAAUGUUGCUUGUAAAGUAUUGUUGUCAACUUCUUUAGGAUUAUAGUUCAGCCUCCCUAAUAACAAAUUAUUUUUAGCAUUGUCAAAAUUCAUUAUGUUGUUAUAUUGUAUAGGCAUGACAAUCUUGAAUGGUUAUGACCUUCUGAGAAGGUAAUCUUGUUGAGUUGUGACCUACUGAGCUGAGCACACCCAAGGAUUCUUCCUGCAAUGUGCACUGAUUAGAAGCAGUUAGGGCCAUCUUUCUGGAUGGGCUGCCACUGCUUAUGAGUAUUUUUCCUCUUCUCAGGAUGUCACUACAUCAAGGAUUCUCAGGAGUGCACAGCCAUGCGAGAGCUGCACCUGAUUUCUAACUGCAUUCACUUAUUUAGUUUCUGGGAAACAGUUAUGCUAAAAACUUGAGCAGGGAUAGGAAACCUUUGACCCUCUAUAUGUUGCUGAACACUUCCAUCAUUCCUAGCCAUUGGCCAUGUUUACUGGGGCUGAUAGGAGUUGUAAUUCUGCAAUAUCUGGAGGGCCAACGGUUCCCCCCACUUGUCUUAGGUGGCAUCUAAUAAAGGCUGAAAAGUGAAUAGGGCCUAAAUGAGGAUCAAUUAAGCACAUGAAUUUGAUGUGUUCUCAAUGCAAUAUAAAGACGAGCAAAAUAAUUAAUGCAGCAUAAAACACACCUCAAGGUCUGUUUCUACAGCAUCCACUGGUGUUUUAGGCUGCAAUGUAACAAUACUUACCUAGGAGUAAGUCCCAUUGGACUCAGCAGGACUUGUUUGAGUAGUCAAACGUAAUUUUUUUGCUAUUAGUGAGUUAUGAUACAAAGUAGCAUUUUACAGAUAACCUCCACUUGAUUUAUAUAACCUAAUCCACUACCAAAUUUUCAAAACAUUAAAGGCUGAGAAAAUUUAUCUUCCAAAUUAGCCAUCAAAAAGAUUUAUUUUCAAUGUACCUUCAAAUUUGUCAUCAAAAUUAGAAAUGGAUUUUGCCUUGCCUAAUUAUAUUGUUUAAAGAGCUACAUUACAUUGAGAAAAAUAACACUGUCACUCUUUUGAAUAUUAAAAAUUAUUUUUUACUGUCUGUUUCUUUUGCAGCAAAGCUUACUAAGAAGCCUCUUGUCUGAAGUUUUUUUUUUUUUUGGUAAAAAAAUAUAUGACCAAAGCUCAGAGCAUCUUGUGACUGUGCUUUCAAAGGGCAGGCCAGAGUUUUCAUGAUCAUUUAGAUGUUGCAAUGCCAAUGAGGGAGAGCAAACAACUGUUUACUUUCUGAAGUGUCAUAAUACAGAUCAGAGUUCAAAAAGAGAAGCUACAGUUAAUGUUUGACAAAUAGUACUAUAUCAUUUUACAGUUCUGAGGACUUCAGGAGAAUUAUUAAUAACAGCAUAUUUUACACUGAUAGAGCAGCUUGAAGAUAAGGUGCAAAGUUUUAGUGAGGGAAAGUAGUAAAGCCAAAAUCAGCAGCUCCUAAUAAGAGAUUGGUUGUGCCUUCCUGUUUUGUUCCAUGUUGUAUUCAAUUGUUGUAGCAGACUAAUAUGACAUAGAUAUAUAUUGGUUAAAUAAUGCCUAAGUGUUUUUCAUUGAUGCAGUUAACUGUAAAUAUAUUUUGUAAGAAUUAAAGUACACAUUUGUACAUAAA